AUCCCUUACGCCCAACACCAACAUAUUUCCCACAGAAUACACACACACAUACACGCACAUACUCACGCGUCAUAUCACCACAACUUUUUCGCCACCAUGUCCGCCCCCGGCUCCGCACUCUCCUCCCAACUCCGCCGGAUCGCCACAAACUGGCCCGCAGAUCCCAUCCGGCCCAACAUGCAGCUCAAGACGUUCCUCGAAUCGCUUGCUGAGCACCCGAACCUCGCGUCGCGGCCGGCGGCGGUCGAGGCUGCGAAGGCGUUGCAGGAGAAUCGGUGGAUGAAGAAGUAUCCCACACCGGAAAACGUGCUGAAGCCAAAGUCUAUGCCGCAUCAUUACGAGAGGCUCGUCGAGGGCGUGGAGAAAAGUCUACAGGGCGUCGGUCGGCCAUGGUGGAAGGUUUUCUUCGGGAUAUGGUGACGAGUUAUGUGCAUGUGUGUAGAUGGGGACGGACUACGAUGGGGUUAAUUCAGACCUUCAGACCAUCUCGAUUCUCGACAGGAUCCUUGGCCGAUGCACCACGGGUAUCAUUGGGAUAUAUUAAUAUGACGUGCGCCGGCAUGUCGUGCGCUUUCUCCAUUCGUGUCGCUUUUCUCACUUAUAUUAUAGUUUUG